AUGGAAUCAAAUCACAAAUCCGGGGAUGGAUUGACCGGCACACAGAAAGAAGCCGCCCUCCGUGCAUUAAUUCAGCGAACGGGAUAUAAUUUGAUCCAGGAAAACGGGCAAAGAAAAUAUGGAGGUCCACCACCUGGCUGGGAUGGCCCUCCGCCAGAGAGGGGGUGUGAGAUCUUCAUUGGGAAACUCCCACGAGACCUCUUCGAAGAUGAACUUAUACCAUUGUGUGAAAAAAUUGGCAAAAUUUAUGAAAUGAGAAUGAUGAUGGAUUUCAAUGGAAACAAUAGGGGCUAUGCCUUUGUAACCUUCACUAAUAAACAGGAGGCGAAGAAUGCAAUAAAGCAACUCAAUAAUUAUGAAAUUAGGAACGGGCGUCUCCUUGGGGUCUGUGCCAGUGUGGACAACUGCCGUCUCUUUGUGGGGGGGAUCCCCAAAACGAAGAAGAGGGAGGAAAUCUUAGGAGAGAUGAAGAAAGUCACGGAUGGAGUCGUAGACGUCAUUGUGUACCCUAGUGCAGCUGACAAGACGAAAAACCGAGGUUUUGCUUUUGUGGAAUAUGAAAGUCAUCGGGCAGCAGCAAUGGCAAGGAGAAAAUUGUUACCAGGAAGGAUCCAGUUAUGGGGACAUCCAAUCGCUGUUGACUGGGCAGAGCCAGAAGUUGAGGUGGAUGAAGAUACCAUGUCGUCAGUAAAAAUUCUCUAUGUGAGGAACCUCAUGCUAUCAACUACUGAAGAGACCAUCGAAAAGGAGUUCAACAACAUCAAACAAGGUGCAGUAGAGAGAGUAAAGAAAAUUAGAGACUAUGCCUUCGUGCACUUUAAUAAAAGAGAAGAUGCAGUCGAAGCUAUGAAAGCCUUGAAUGGGAAGGUGCUGGAUGGUUCCCCCAUCGAAGUGACGUUAGCCAAACCUGUCGACAAAGACAGUUACGUCAGAUACACUCGGGGCACUGGGGGAAGAGGUACCAUGUUGCAAGGAGAAUACACCUAUGCGUUUGGACACGUGUAUGAUCCUGCCACGGCCUACCUUGGCGCUCCAGUCUUCUACGCACCCCAGGCCUAUGCGGCUAUCCCUAACCUUCAUUUCCCAGCCACCAAGGGACUGACCAACAGGAGCAUUAUCCGACCUCCAUCUGUCCGAGAAAUUUACAUGAAUGUACCUGUAGGGGCUGCGGGAGUUAGAGGACUAGGAGGUCGCGGCUACCUGGCUUACACGGGCCUGGGGCGCGGAUACCAGGUCAAAGGAGAAAAAAGGGGAGAGGAUAAACUCUACGACCUCUUGCCAGGAAUGGAGCUCACGCCGAUGAACCACGUCACUUUAAAACCCCAAGGGAUCAAGCUUGCUCCUCAGAUCUUAGAAGAAAUCUGCCAGAAAAAUAAUUGGGGACAGCCUGUUUACCAGCUUCAUUCUGCAGUUGGCCAAGAUCAAAGACAGCUGUUCCUCUAUAAAAUCACGAUUCCUGCCCUUGCCAGCCAGAACCCUGCCAUACAUCCCUUCACGCCUCCCAAGCUCAGUGCCUAUAUUGAUGAAGCCAAAACCUAUGCAGCAGAAUAUACCCUUCAGACGCUAGGGAUUCCCACGGAAGGAACAGAGGUUCCUCCUGCAGCACCUGCUUUUCCAGGAUAUGCCAUCGCUAAUGCAGCUGCGACUGUCACAGCCACCCAGCUCAAACAAGCAGUGACGAUGGGGCAAGAUUUAGCGACUUAUGCCGCGUAUGAAGCCUACCCCGCCUUUGCAGUAGCUGCACGCAGUGACGGUUAUGGGGCGUUUUAA